GAUGCAGUCCCAGGGCACAAUGUGUGGAUCAUGUACUGCUGACAGACCUGCUCUCUGCUCCACUGCUGCACUCCCUCAACCUGCUGCUCUCCUGAGGUUCCUGUCCCGGUGUAACUGUCGGAGCAUAAUGGCGGCAUUUAAAGGGAUCUGGACCAAGGACUUCUGGAGGGCCGUGUCCGGAGAAUACCUGGCCACCCUCAUCUUCGUCCUCCUGGGCCUGGGCUCCACCAUCAACUGGGCCGCCGGCGAGGAGAAGCCCCCGCCCGCCGACCUCGUCCUCAUCUCCCUGUGCUUCGGCCUCAGCAUCGCCACCAUGGUGCAGUGUUUCGGCCACAUCAGCGGCGGGCACAUCAACCCGGCCGUCACCGCCGCCAUGGUGGUGACCAGGAAGCUGAGCCUGGCCAAGGCCGUGUUCUACGUGGCGGCCCAGUGCCUGGGGGCGGUGACGGGGGCGGGGAUCCUCUACCUCGUCACCCCGGCCGCCCUGCGGGGGUCCCUCGGCGUGACCACGGUGAAGUCCGACAUCUCGCUGGGACACGGCUUCCUGGUGGAGCUGCUCAUCACGUUCGAGCUGGUCUUCACCGUCUUCGCCACCUGCGACCCCAAACGCACCGACCUGGGGGGCUCCGCCGGCCUCGCCAUCGGCUUUGCUGUAGCCAUAGGUCACUUAUUUGGAAUUCCUUUUACUGGAGCCAGCAUGAAUCCAGCUCGUUCCUUUGGGCCUGCGAUGGUGAUGCUGAACUUCCAGGACCACUGGGUGUACUGGGUGGGACCCAUCCUGGGGGGCAUCCUGGCCGCCGGCCUGUACGAGUAUCUGUACUGCCCCGACCCCGACAUGAAGAAGACGCUGAAGCGCGUCUUCAAGAAGGACCCGUCGGGGAAAUACCGGGAGGUGGAGGCCGCGGACGAGGUCGCCGUCAAGACCGGCUCCAUACACACCGUGGACCUGGAGAAGGCCGAGAAGAAAGACCCGUUCCACGAGUCGCCGGGCGAGGUGCUGUCCUCCGUAUGACUAUCGCGUGCACUGGAAAUGGAGACCAACCUGUAGUGCAUCCCGACAAUCAUCCCCCCUUACAACCCCGCCCCCGCCGCGGUUCGCCGCCAUGUUCGACACUCUUCCUGCAGCAGCGCUGGCACGCCACAAUAAACCACAUUAAGCAAAUGUGUGCGUACGUGUGUGUGUUGGAGGGGGU